AGUUCAGAUGAAACAAUGGAAACUAGUUCUUACCCAGAACGACCAGGAGAGUCGAAUUGUUCUUAUUACAUAAGAACUGGACUUUGUAGAUUUCGCUCAACUUGUCGGUUCAAUCAUCCUCGUGAUCGGGAACUGGUGAUAGCCACUGCAAGGAUGAGAGGAGAAUACCCUGAAAGGAUUGGUCAACCUGAAUGCGAGUACUAUUUGAAGACAGGAGCCUGCAAGUUUGGAGUAACAUCUAAGUUUCACCAUCCAAGGAACAAAGCUGGGAUAGCUGGAAGAGUCCCACUCAAUAUGUUAGGCUAUCCUCUACGCUCU